AAUUCGGAUUAGCAUCAAUGGGUGGAUUAGGUCAUAUAGUUACGGGAUUGUCACAAGCUCAAACUGCUAAUAGUGCAUUAGAAGUGAAUGUAAUCAUGCCUUACUAUUCUUUCUUGAAGUCACACCAUGACAUUCAUAGUUUUGCUCAAAUGUCAAUUGAUAUUCAAGAUAAAUAUGGGAAUUCAGAACAGGUGGUGUUUACAGUAUAUCAAUUUUUUUGGAAUGUAACUCAAGAUGAUGAUGUAUUGAAUGAUGAACCACCACCAGAGCCAAAAGCUAUGAGGGUUUUUGCGAUAGGUCAUAGUAAAGAUGCAGCACCUUUUAAUUUAGCCUUUAAAUCAAAAAGAGUCACUGAUAUAUAUUCAUCACUGCCAAGUGUACCUCGAGAUUGGAGGGAUUUGUAUUUUUGCAAAGCUGUAGCUGAAUUAAUAGCAUAUAUAACCAAUAUUGUUGAUACUCCUUUAUUUGAUACUCAAGAAGAACAUG